AUGUCUAGCGACUCGUCUUCAUGGGGUGCACAGACACUGAUGGAUCUUGCAUUUGGCAUCAUCACAUCGGUUACUGGCAUCACGAGCGUGCUGGUCGCCGUGUCGGCCAUGCGCAAGACGCAGGCGCCAUCGGCACGAAACCAUGACAGCCCAACCCCCAUUGCGUUUUUUGAAGAAACGAGAGCCGAAGAGACGGAGUCUGCUCUACCAGCGGGGAACGCUUCAAACAUGACAAUGGGUUCUGGUUCGGACGUGUUCGAGUUGAUCGAGUUGCCUGCGUAA